ACAAGGAUGACUUUGAUCUACUCAGUGAUUCUCUGCCUCUUUUUUAAGGGCAGGAGCUGCCAGCCGUGUGUCCAAGAAUUAACCACAAGACCAUAUAUUCAGCUUUUUCCCAUGACGGAGGGACAAUCUGCCGAACUGACAUGUAUGGCUGACAUAUUAUGCGAGGAAGCACUAACACUCCACUGGGAAUGGACAAAAGCUGAUGGACGGUCUACGGUGCUUCGUGGUGAUCCUUUGCGGCGUCGCGGUGAUUCUCGCCCGUAUGAAGAGGAUUCAUUAAAACUCACUCCUAGCGCAGAUGACCACAACACCAACAUCACAUGUGUGGCAAAUUAUGAUCACAGUAUUGUCAAGACAACUGUCUCAUUGACUGUGGAAUUUCUUCCUAAGAUCCAAAAUGGUUCCCAGUGCAUGGUUGAAGGAAAGCUUGUGGUCUGUGUUUGCAUCAGUCGGGGGAAUCCUCUGCCUCUAAUCUACUGGCCUUGGGCCUCUCUCACUAACUUCUCAGUCACCCGCUAUAGCAGCAUCCAGACAGUUCACAGCACUAUGCUUGCUGCCGACUAUACCAACACCAAAUGCAUCAGCAGCAAUAAACUGGGCCGGGCUGAGUUUGAACUUCCGCUCCAGAACUACACUGAGAACUAUUGGUUAGGUAUGAAUCCCAAGUUUGAUGCGGCCCUUCCCUGGAUAAUUGCUGGUGUAUCUUUAAGUCUGAACCUGGUCCUCCUCACCACCAUGAUCAUCCUCACUUACAAACGGGGUAAGAAUCAACAGAGGAAACCUAGCGUGGAGAUUAACACUUAUGCUUCCCUGAAUCAAGCAGAUUUUGGGCAAGAAUAUAGUGUUAUCUCACCACAUCCCAGGGCUGUGUCCAAGGAGUGA